AAUAGCGAUGAAAUGCGUCGUCGCGAGAGGCAAAGUCGAGAAUUAGAAAAUCAAAAUUUAGAAACUCAGCGAAAAAGGAUGGAAGAAGAAAAGCUUAAGGAGCAAGAGUUAAGUAAAUUGGAAAGAAAGAAAGAUGAUAAAGCGAUUUCUGAUGCAAGGGCCAGAUAUCUGUCUAGGAAAAAAAAGAAUAACAAUUAA